GAUGUGGCAGACGACUUGACCAUCGAGCUGCAGCUCUUGACACUCGCCUUAGCAGCCGGCAUCAACGACGCCAGCACCUUCCCGGACUACCGUGUCUUCGUCUCGAAUCAGACUGGCAAUACCGCACUUCUUGCUGUUGGCGCCCUAGGCCUCAGCAGCGAGGGUCAUUACUUACCUAACAUUGCCGUGAGUCUCGGAGUCUUUAUUCUCGGCGGGCUCGUGUUUGGCCAGAUCGGAGCUCACGUUGGCCGCCGGCGCAAGGCGUGGCUGCUGGCGACGAACGCAGUGCAAACGGCCAUAUUUUUUGUUGGAGUCGCACUGCGCCAAUGGUUUGCGGGAAGCGAGCAGCGAGGUGCUCAUGCCUGGGCUGUCAUCACAUUUCUCGCGUUUGCUUCGGGUGGACAAGUUGCCAUGGCGCGGACAGUAGACCUGCCGCAGAUUCCUACUGCCAUGGUCACAUCCGCCUAUGUUGACAUGUUGAUCGACCCCGAAAUUCUAUCGCUCCAUGACCGACCUCGCAACCGGCGCCUGUCUUUUGUGCUGUGCCUUUUGGUCGGGAGUUUUAUUGGCGCUUGUACGUAUGCAUAUGCAGAUCCGACUCUAGCUCUA